ACACAGUCAUAUACAUGCCAUGUGUGUAGGAGUGUGUGGUGUGUAAGAUCCUCCCCGGUUUUGGUCUUUCUUCCUCAUCAAAUCAAAUCUCCACUUACAAUGAGUGACAUCACUGGAGUUUCCCAGGAGGUUACUCUUUUUAAAAGGGCAAUUUGCUGAGUGUCAAUCAACAAACCCGAGAGACAGCAGAAGAGUUCAGCUGCACUUGAAGUAAAAGAAGGAACUCAUUCAAAACAAUGGAAGGGGAAUGCAAGGUACUACUGGACGCAGCUGUGGACACAGAAGCCAGGACACAGACACUGCGAGUCAAACCCAGCUCAAAGCUAACCACAGCCCUGCUGGUGUUCACACUCUGCCUCGCUGCUGCUGCUGCUGCUGUCCUCAUCGUCAACAGGCAUGCCAAGGGCCCAGGACCAGAUGAAGACAAUUUUGAUCUUCAUCACACAUUGAGGCAAAUUUCAAAUGUCAGAGCGGCCAUUCAUUUAGAAGGAGAAUACAACCCUGACAGGAAAACAUCAGUGGAAUGGAAGAAGGAUGUGGACCAGUCCCACUUUCAAGGAGGGCUAGAACUCAACAACAAUGAAAUUAUUAUUCCUCGAAAGGGCCUCUACUUUGUUUACAGCCAAGCGUCUUUCCGGGUAAACUGCGUCAGCGAUGAUGAUGACUACACCUCAAAGUCCAUGGUCCACCUGAGCCACACUGUGAAGCGCUGGUCCAAAUCGUAUGGGGCCGACGACUCCAUAAAGUCCUACCAGACCAUCCUGCACUCUGUCCGUACUGCCUGCCAAAAGAAUUCCAACAGCCAGCUAGAUGAGGAGGGGAGCUGGUUCUCGGCUGUGUACAUGGGAGCUGUGUUCAACCUGAACGAAGGAGACAGACUCAAGACGAUGAUGGAAGAGAAGAUGCUGCAGGACCUGGAGGAUGGGCCAGGGAAGACUUUCUUCGGUGUGUUUGCCUUAUGAGAACAGGAGACUGAGGGCAACAAGUGAAGAUAUGAAUGUACACGUAGGUUUAUACUGCACUAAACUAAUCUGUAGAGCUUUAAGAGCUCACUGUAAAGUAAUGUUUACCAUAGAUCCCUCUAUGGGUCAAUAAUGUUAUGUACUAUGUACUUGUACCUUUUGUUGUACUGCAAUUCUCAAGCUGCCAUUUCUACAAAUGUAGACCUGCUGAGUAUUUAUUGUGUCACUACAGUCUGACAGAAGUGUAUUCAAAAUAUUUAUUUAUUCAACUUAACAAUAUCAUAUUUAUUUUGUUUUUAUAUCUAUUUAUUUAUUAUGGGUGUGUUCUCAUUCACAACUGUAUUUGUGCUGGAUUUUAUACAUAAUUUAUUUUAUAUUUAUUGAAAUAUAAAUUGAUCAGCUGUUUAUCUUUGCUAUUUUUAUCAACAUUUUCAAAUAAUGCUGUGGUGCCUGUGGUGCUGUAAGAAU